UCGGGGUAUUACAACCAAGCUGAAGACGGAGACCCACCCUAACCUUCGACGGUUACAACAACCACCUCUCCCCUCCUUCUCCCCUAACCAGAGACUCACUCAUCAUCAAUUUCCAAAGAAUCAGCAACCAACUCUGAUUUCAACAGGUCUUCUUAUUGGAGUGGCCGAGUGAGGUAGGUAUUUAUUGGGUUAAAUGUAUCAUCUAAACAUGGGUUCUCUCUUAAGAUCCUUUUUGGAGUGGAAAGGUGGGAUGAUUUUUUUUUUUUAAACAUUCUGGUUUUAAGGGUAUCAUUGGGUGUAGAUGUGUGGUCCUAUGUUUUGCUUGGGUGUGGGUAUCUGGGUUGUGAAAAUGGUUACUGGGAUAUGGGUGUGGCAUACAUGGUCAUGAGGUAGUGAGUUAGACUUGGUUGGCGUAUAUGAGCACUACAUCAUCGGGCUUCCAUCUUCACAUGUGGGUUCAUGAUUGUGUGGUUAAAGCAUUGGAGAAUUUAGGCCAAUUUAAUACAAAUCUGAGUUGCAGACAAGGUGUUUGAUGAAAUGCUUCAGAAACUCAUUUUCUGUUAUGCAUUGGGGUAUACAGUGUGAUUUUUCAGAAAACACAAAAAAUAGGUGUAUUCAAUAUUGUUAUAUUUUUAAGGGAAAAUUAGUGAUAAGUCCCCCCACUAAAAGUUUUGUUCCAAUAAGGACAAUCCAAUAAGUUUUGUUCCAUAAGGUCCAUUAAGUUUAAAAAAUAUUCCAUAAAGGAUAAACAGUUAAAAAUAUUUAUUUAUUAGCAGAAAUACCCUCAUCUUCUCAUCUUCCCCAUUUGACACCCAAAUUGAAUCUUCCUUUUUCGGCGACUAUUUCGACUAGCCAAUAGGCAGGGAUGGUGCGUCUAGGUAUGGGUUACACUCCCGUGAUGGGGGCGACAAAGUCUCCGGUGGUCGGAUUGGCAGCGAAUGAUGGCUAGGGAUUGGUCGUGGUGCUCUGGCGCUUCGUUUUGGUGUGUCGGCGACCUUGAUCGGUGACCGGACGACGGUGGUCCAUCAUUCCCAAGAAUAUGAGCUCUGCUUUGCAGAUCUGUCUUUGUCCCAAGCGAAGGAAGAAGAAGAAACCUCAAUUUUAAUUGCAAGAAAGAAGAAGAAUAAACGCCAAUCUAUGUCACAAGCAAAGGAAAAAAGAGAGAAGAAACAAUGAAUGAAGAAGAGAGGCGGCACUGAUCAAGGAAGAAGAAAGUAGAAGAAAGAAUAAGAGUAUUUGUUGCAGAAAAGAAAAAAGCAAAAGGAAAAAGAAGAAGAAUAAGAAAGGAAAAUAAACAAACUAGUCAAUGACGUGGCGAGUUUCUGAACUUUCAACACUUUCAAGUUUCAAUGACGAGCGUGUUACUUGAGGCCUCCCUCCCUCUUAAAUCUUGUGCUCCAUCUCUCCCUCGAGAGUGUCAUGGCCUCAUGUGUGUUCCAAAAUUACCUGAGCACACACCGCCCUCUCUCCGCCUCUCCCGCCCCAAAUUUCUCCGGCGGAAGAAAGCAAAGAACAGUCUUUGCCCGGAACUCUAAUGCUGAAAGACCCUCUUCCAAUGGCUCUGUCUCUCUCGAGGAAAAGACUUCCUUUCCAGGGAAGCCAGAGGCAGAUAUUGUUGUCAUUGGUAGUGGCAUUGGUGGACUUUGUUGUGCAGGCCUUCUUGCUAGAUACGAACAAGAUGUUAUUGUGUUAGAAAGUCAUGACGUGCCGGGUGGUGCUGCUCAUUCUUUUGAUAUCAAAGGCUACAAGUUUGAUUCUGGGCCUUCAUUGUUUUCUGGGUUUAACUCCAGAGGUGCUCAGGCAAAUCCUCUUGCACAGGUUCUGGAUGCUUUAGGUGAAUCAAUUCCCUCUGCGAGUUAUGACUCCUGGAUGGUCUACAUACCUGAAGGUGAAUUCUUGUCGCGCAUUGGACCCACAGAAUUUUACAAGGAUCUUGAAAAGUAUGCCAGUCCUAAUGCUGUACAAGAGUGGAAAAAACUUCUUGAUGCGGUCCUUCCAUUGUCUGCAGCUGCAAUGGCUCUGCCUCCUCUAUCAGUUCGGAGUGAUCUGGGUGUUCUUUCCACUGCUAUAACUAGAUAUGGUCCCUCCUUGGUAAAAUCUUUUAUCCAAAUGGGACCGCAGGGAGUUUUUGGUGCUUCAAAGCUUUCUAGACCCUUCUCAGAAAUCAUCGACUCAUUGGAGCUGAAAGACCCUUUUAUAAGGAACUGGGUGGAUCUCCUUGCUUUCCUGCUUGCAGGGGUGAAAACUAAUGGUAUACUUACAGCAGAGAUGGUUUACAUGUUUGCAGAAUGGUACAAGCCAGGAUGCUCCCUUGAGUACCCUCUCCACGGAAGUGGUGCUAUUGUUGAUGCGCUUGUUCGAGGAAUUCAGAAGUAUAAUGGACGAAUCUCUCUAAGGAGUCAUGUGGAAGAGAUAGUUGUUGAAAAGGAUAGAGCUGUUGGAGUCAAGCUAAGUAGUGGUCAAUUUGUUCGUGCAAAAAAGGCUGUUAUCAGCAAUGCGUCUAUGUGGGACACUCUAAAGCUGUUGCCUAAGGAAGUUGUUCCUAAGUCAUACAUGGACCGGGUUAGCACAACACCGCAAUGUGAAUCUUUCAUGCAUCUUCAUUUGGGUUUUGAUGCAGAGGGCAUCAGCAAGGAUUUGGGAAUUCAUCAUAUAGUCGUGAACGAUUGGCAUAGAGGAGUUGAUGCUGAUCAAAAUGUUGUCUUGAUAUCUGUCCCUAGUGUACUUAGUCCAGAUCUGGCACCAUCGGGAAAGCACCUGUUACAUGCUUACACACCAGGGACCGAACCAUUUGAAUUGUGGGAAGGGCUUGAUCGUAGAAGCAACAAAUACAAAAAUCUCAAAGCUGAACGAUCAGAGGUUAUGUGGAGAGCUGUGGAGCGCGCACUUGGUCCAGGCUUCAGUCGUGAGAAGUGCGAAGUUAAGUUGGUAGGGACUCCAUUGACACAUGAAAGAUAUCUUCGUAGGAACAGAGGAACCUAUGGUCCGGCAAUACAAGCAGGCCAAGCUUCCUUUCCCGGACAUUCAACUCCCGUGCCGCAGCUCUAUUGUUGUGGAGAUUCUACUUUUCCAGGCAUUGGCGUUCCUGCAGUUGCCGCUAGUGGUGCCAUUGUUGCAAACUCAUUAGUCUCUGUCUCUCAACACUCCCAACUUCUUGAUGCGAUUGGAAUUUGAACUCAUGGGUGUUUCAGUUCUUUCCUUCGCAAUUUUCUUUAUUUGUUUCAUCAGUUAGCUCUAUCCUUAUAAUCUUUUUUUUUUUUUUUCCUGAAACUCCAA